UAGGGAGCUGGAAAGUCUCUCCCUCACUGCUAUUGGCUCAGAGACUGAAGACUCACUUUUUACAUCUGUUGCUAUCAAUCAUCGUAGCUAGAACUUGUCUAGUAAUAUUCAAGCACUUCUAUUCUUCACUUUUGUCUUUCUGUGUUGACGUCUUGAUCGCUCUCUCACCUCCAAAAUCUUCUUUACUGGAUUGUUUUAUCGGCAAUGCUGACGGGUUUUUCACACUCAGGGUUGUCCUGACUUAACCUGCUACAAUAUUUCUUCACCUUGUUGUGAUCUUUGAAGGCGCAUUGAAUUAAAGGAGACUCAAGUACUGUUGGCGAAAGGAGUCUAACUGCACUUUUAAUCCAAAAUGGCCUCACAGAAAGUGUGGCUGUUUUGCCUGCUGAUCACAUUUAUUUGCUCUUUCCAAGUUAAUCUCAUUCCUAAAGUUCAAGCGGAGGCACAUGGAGCAGCCGAUGAUGAUGAUGAUGAUGAUGACAAUGAUGUAAAGCACCCUACACAAGAUGAUGAUGAUGAUGAUGACGAUGAUGAUGACGACGAGGAUGAUAAAGGUGAUGAUGAUGACGAUGAUGAUGAUGAUGAUGAUGAUGAUGACAAGGAUGAUGAUGAUGAUGAUGAUGAUGAUAAUGACAAGGAUGAUGAUGAUGACGACGAUGAUAAAGAUGAUGAUGACGACGAUGAUGAUGACGAUGACGACGACGACGACGAUGAUGACGACGACGAUGAUGAUGAUGACGAUGACGACGACGAUGAUGAUGAUGAUAAGGAUGAUGACGACGAUGAUGAUGAUGACAACGAUGAUAAGGAUGAUGAUGAUGACGACGACGAUAAGGAUAACGAUGAUGAUGAUGAUGAUGACGACGACGAUGACGAUGAUGACGACGAUGACGAUGAUGACGACGAUGAUAAUAAAAUUGUGAAAAAGCAUGAAGAUGAUGAUGACGACGAUGACGAUGAUGAUGACGACGACGACGACGAUGAUGACAAAGAUGGAAAGAAAGAUGACGAUGAUGAUGAUGAUGACGAUGAUGAUAAUGAUGAUGAAGAUGACGAUGAUGAAUACGCAGGAGGAUCGAUCUGCCAAUACUGUGCUUUCUGCAAGCACUGCGGGGACUGUGACAAGUGUCCUUGUGACGAGAAAGACAAGAGAGAGUUCUGUGAAGAUUGCAAAUACUGCCAGUUCUGUUAUGUGUGUCCAGUGAUAUGUGAGACAGCUUGCAAGCCUGGGAGUUACAUAGAUGAACUUUCUGGAUCUCUGUAUCAGACUGUCGCCAAGUUAUUCGAAGAAAAUCAGAACUAAUAGCUGCCGCACCAACUUGAAACAGAGUUUUAUAUGGGUAUUGUUUAAACUGGCAUUUCUCACAUUUCAAGACGGAAGUCACCCAUCAAAUGAUCACGGAGCAGAUGGACCUACAACUUCACCAUCUUCCCUGACAGCCAUGCCAAGUAUUUUUGGUGGACAUGCAGGUGAUAGCAGAUGCUGGCAUUCGUGAUGGUCCUAGCUAACUGAACUCAUGCCUAGUAUCUAACCCACCUGUUAUACAGGACAUUUCUGAAUACCAGUCUAGUAACCACCCAACGGCACCUUAUCCACUAUUAGUUUUUUCUACCUCCUAAGAAAUGUAUCCAAACUAAGACCUUCAAUUGUUGCUCUUCUAACAUUGUUACAUUGUUACAGGCCACCGAGACAGUCACUUGUACCAUAAUAUGUCACCUGAUCCGACUGUAUAAAUUGGGUUGCUAGGAUUAAUUGACAGGCAUUCUCUAGUGGAGAUAACUGUAUUUUCCGAACAACCAUUAAGAUGAUCGUGUUCAUUCGUAGGUCAAGGUAAAAGUCUCUAAUAGUCUACUUGUCCCUUGCCAAGAGUUUUACGACACAAUGCCUUUACUCAGGCUGUGUGUUAGGAACCAAUCAGUAACAAAUACAAAACUAUAGCUAGCCGGAAAUUCAGGGAAUCUCAGUUCAACAAAUGUAUCCACCUUGUGUCAGAUAUUUUUCAUCCUUUGUUAUGGGGGGGGGGGGGGGGGGGGGAACUGGAAGAUGCAAUAAUAUUAUUUAUUUAUUUCAUGUAAUAUGUUCAGAGUCUCUACAAGUGAUUAAUAAAUGUAAUUGUGGUCUCGUA